CUUUACUCUCUCUCCCUCUGUCCCUCUGUCCUCCCUGUCCCCUCUGUGGCCCCCGGUCCCAGGUUCAGACUCCUUUUAUUCCUCCGAGCAUCAGAGAGUUUUUUUGUUCUUUCUGUUCUUUUUGUUCUUUUUGUUCUUUCACUUUGUCCCGUUGCUGCAGCCCGCGCGCGUGUGUGUGUGUGUGUCACUGAGAGUGUCGUGUACCUGUGUCCCCUGUCCCCCUGUCCACUGUCUCCUCACCGUCUUCCUCUCAUGGACUCUGCAACAGGUCGGCUGUCAGUGCAGCGCCGCGCCGCGGGAGAAGAGUCCGAGACGAGCAACAUGUUGGACGGCAUCAAGAUUGAAGAUCACCCGCUGCGGUCGGGACAGGCCACGCUGGGAGUCCUCCUCGGGGCAGAGUGCCACCACCCGUCGGUGUGUGAGGGGUGUCAGCGGCCCAUCUCCGACCGCUUCUUGAUGAGAGUCAACGAGUCGUCGUGGCACGAGGAGUGUCUGCAGUGCACGGUGUGUCAGCAGCCUCUGAGCACCAGCUGCUACUACAGAGAGAGGAAACUUUACUGCAAACACGACUACCAACAGUAAGUCACC